AUGUAUUCCGUUCAUGCUCCUCUUUUUCUUGUACUUAUCCUUACUCUCAUCGACUAUACAGGCGCAGCCGCGGUAUUUGUCUUCACAUAUGGUGGGAAGAUAACACGGUUUCAAGCGACCCUCCAAGUACCCUCCCCACCAACAGCGCUACAAGGCCAUAGCCCAGAUUGGAAAAUUCAAGCAACAUGGGCAGGUAUGCAGCCCACAGAUCAAAGUUGCGUUCUGCAGAAUGUUGUUGGAAAUGCGGGGAAUGAGGUCGGGUAUUGGAGUCAUAUACCUAGUUUUUAUGACGGCGCGACGAAGCCUAGUUGGACGGGGAUUUAUUUUGAGGAGAAACAACCGAAGGUGUAUCCAGGUGAUCAAAUAACAAGUCUCUGGACACUUGAUGAAAUCUCCAACAAAUGGCUCGAUACGUGGUCUGUGAUGCCCGGUCAAAUCGGCGCAUCAAAAGGAGAAGUAUCAUAUGGUGGAAAUUACACUUUCGAUGGAUCCAAAUUUGAACCCAAAGUCCCAGACAUGACAGAGGUCUUGCUAGCGAUUGAGCAUGUGAGUAUCGGCAAUGGCACCGAUCCUGGUUGGGACUCCGGAGCGGUAACAUUCACAAAUAUUCUGAUUGAAUCGGUAUCGACAAAGGAUUGGUGCAAUCAUGAGAAUCCGAAAACUUGGCAUCCACAGGACGUGAAGAUUCUGGAUAUAUCCACGCCUUUCAUUUCGACGGUCAAAAAUGGGAAAAGAACAUGUUAUGUUCCUUGGCUUGUUGUUGAUUCGAAUUGA